CAUGUCUAGAAUGAAAGCCUGUAAAGUUUAAUCUCUUCAGCUUGCACCCACUCAUCCAAUUCUAUUCCUUAAGUUAUCAGCACAAAGAAUGGAAGGAGAAGCUGCUGCCGCCGUCCUUCAAGCUCUAGUUCAAAACCUCAUCGACCUCUCCAAGAAAGAGAUCUCUCAAAUCCGAGAUCUCGACAAAGAUGCAGCAAAGCUAGCAGGGAAUCUCGACAUGAUCAAAAAUUUCUUGUACGAUGCCGAGAUGCGUAGCAUCACCAGCAAAGCUGUCAAGAGUUGGCUGAAGAAGCUUGAAGACGUGGCGUUCGAUGCUGACAAUGUUUUGGAUGAAAUCAACUAUCAUAUUCUCUCCAAACAAAUCAAGCCCGCCGAACCCAAGAAGGCAAAGGUACCAUCAUGCUUCUCAUGCUUCAACCAUAUUUCACGUUCUCGAAAUAUGGCUCUUAAAAUCAAAGAAAUUAAUGAGAAUUUGGAGUCCAUUAACAAAGAGGCCGCCGAGCUUGGUCUCAAAGGGGAGCUUGCUAAUGAGCCCACUUUGGUUAUUGCAACUUUGGAAACUAAUUCAUUCACUCUUGAUCCAAUUUUUGUUGGAAGAGAUGAUGUUGCGUCGGAAAUAGUUGAGAUGCUUACCAGUAGCAUCACAACUGAUGAACGCGCAGUUUCCAUCCUUCCCAUUGUUGGGAUGGGAGGAUUGGGGAAGACCACAUUGACUAGGAAAGUCUUCAAUCGUCUCAAGGAUGAGAAGUUUGGAUCACAUAUUUGGGUGCAUGUUUCUCCAAAUUUUGAUCCAAUCAUUCUUUACAAGAAAAUUCUCGAAGAAUUGACUUCUGAUAAAGGUGAAAAUGAGAGUGCGCAAGCUAUUCUUUCAAAGCUUCAAAAUGCUUUGAAAGACAAAACUUAUCUUCUUGUACUCGAUGAUGUAUGGAAUGAAGAUCGUUCCAAAUGGGAAUAUUUUAUCAAUUCUUUGUUGGGAGUUAGUUCUGUCAAAGGAAAUGCCAUUCUUGUUACCACGAGAAGUAAGGAGGUUGCUUCAAUUGUGAAUCCACUACAUAGACAUGAGUUGAAAGGUUUAUCAGAGGUAGAUUGUUGGUCGAUAAUCAAAGCUAAAACCUUUGGAGAAGAAAAUGUUCCUUCAGAAUUCGAGGACAUUGGGAAAAAGAUUGCAAGCAAAUGUCAAGGUUUGCCGUUAGCUGCCAACGUAGUUGGGGGUGUUCUGCACAAUAAAUCUGAGGAGAAAUGGCGUUCAAUCGAGGAGAAAUGGCUUUCAGCCGAUGAAGGAGGAGAUUAUAUCACAAAAAUAUUGAGAUUGAGCUUUGAUAAUUUGUCUCCGCCACUACUUAAGAAGUGCUUUGCGUACUGUUCGAUGUUUCCUAAAGGCUCCAGAAUCAUCAAACAGAGACUGAUUGAGUUGUGGAUGGCAGAAGGUUUUCUUCAAGCUGAUGGAAGGGAUGGCAUGGAGUCCGUGGGCGAAAAAUUUAUCAACGUUCUUCUGCACAACUCUUUACUGCAAGUUUCGAACAGAGAUGGUUACGGAGAUGUAAAAGAGUGUGGCAUGCACGAUCUUGUGCACGAUCUCGCCUGUUCUGCUUCAAGAUCCUCUAACAAUACGGGUGGUAGCAGCCGAGUUCGAUACAUGACUCUCGAAGAAGAAGAAUCAAGUCCAAUCUCAAAAGAAAUGGCAAAAUAUUUGCGUACAUUAUUAAUAUCAUAUGGAUGUGAUAGUUCUGGUAUCAACUUCUUAGACUUGGAAAGUCUGCAUGUUUUACGUCUUGAGUAUGGAGUUAAAGAGUUGUCAAGUUCGAUUCGAAAGUUGAUACAUUUGAGACAUUUUGACAUUUCAUAUACAAAAAUUGAAUAUUUGCCGGAUUGGAUUGGUGAAUUCUUUCACUUGCAGACGUUGAGAGCAAACUCAGAAUAUUUGACAAAACUGCCAAGUACGAUUAAGUACUUGAUUAACUUGAGGCAUCUUUAUAUUCACGAGUUUGUAGAGUUGCCAAUGGGAAUUGGGGGAUUAACGUCUCUCCAAACGCUAACGCACUUUCCAGUGGGCGAUGAGAAUGGGUGCAAAAUUGAAGAGCUGGGAAGUUUGAAUGAUCUUAAAGGAGAGUUAUAUAUUUGCAAUCUCGAAAGGGUUCAUGACAAGGAAAAGGCUCGGAAAGCCAAUUUAUUCCAAAACUCAAAAAUAUUGAAGUUGGGUUUGGAAUGGGGUGAUGAGAGAGAAGGUGAAAGAAAUGAUGAGAAUGUAUUGGAAGGCCUGCAGCCUCACUCAGAUCUCAGGGAGUUUGAUAUUUCUGGAUACAAAGGCAGUAGGUUUCCAUUAUGGACUCAGAAGAUGGCAGUUGGAGAUGUGGGACUUAACAAGUUAAUGUCGUUAUCACUCAUUGACUGCAAAGAAUGUGAAGGGAUCCCAAUGUUGGGGCAGUUGCCCAAUCUCAAGUCCCUUAAGUUGGAAGGAUGGAGCAAUUUAAAGUGUAUAAAUUCUUCAUUCUACGGAAUGGUGAACAAGGACACGCGCAUUGUUUUUCCAGCUCUCGAAAAGCUCGAAUUGAUUGACAUGCCUAAGCUGACAGAGUGGGUAGAAAUAGAAGUUUCGGGUGGAAGUGAAGUGAAGCUAUUUCAUCGCCUCCAACAUUUGGAAAUUAAGUGGUGCGAGCAAUUGAUGAGUGUUCCAGGUUUGGGGCAGUUGCCCAAUCUCAAGUCCCUUAAGUUGGAAGGAUGGAGCAAUUUGAAGUGUAUAAAUUCAUCAUUCUAUGGAAUGGUGAACAACGACACACGCAUUGUUUUUCCAUCUCUCGAAGAGCUCAUAUUGGAACACAUGCCUAAGCUGGCAGAGUGGGCAGAAAUAGAAGUUUCGGGUGGAAGUGAAGUGAAGCUAUUUCCUCGCCUCCAACAUUUGGAAAUUCAGUGGUGCGAGCAAUUGAUGAGUGUUCCAAGUCAUGUCUCGUCAUGCCUUGAAUAUCUGUGGAUUCAUCGUACUGCUCUGGAAUGUCUCCCAGCUGAUUGGUUAUUCAGUAACAACCAGACUCUCUCUGAAUUGAAUAUAUGGGGCUGCCCCAAUUUAAGAGAAUUAGGGGAUAGAGAUAGCAGCGGAGAACAAUCACAAGGAAGCUUCACAUCCCUUCGCAAAAUCAGGAUUAGUGGAUGCAAAGCAUUGGAGCAUUUGUCAUGUGAAAUGCUAGGAUUCUCUCUUGAGAAUCUGUCUUUGACGGAUUUAAGUAGCUUAAAGAAUCUAGCAAGGGUAAUUGACUGCCUCCCAAAAUUGCCUCGUCUAACAGAAUUGGAAAUUGGAGGCGUUCCUAAAUUUAUGGCCACUGGUUGUCUUAAGAGUUCGCCUUUUCCCAGCUUGAGACAGGUGGGUAUGGAUGUUAGUAUGGGGGUGGAGACUGUGGAUGCCAUAUUGCAAGGAUGUUGCCACUCACUUGAUCAGUUAACUUUGAAGGGGAUGGAAAGUUGGGAAUGCCUACCGGAAUCAAUUCAACUUCUCACUGCUCUUUCGCAGCUAGAGUUAAAGAAUUUUGGAAUGGAAGAGUUACCUGAAUGGUUUGGGAACCUCUCAUCCCUAAAGGAGUUGUAUUUAUGGAACUGCAAAAGGCUAAGGCGUCUACCCUCUAUGGAAGCAACGCAGCGCCUCACAACAUUAAAAAAACUAUCUAUUUGGGAUUGCCCGGAAUUAGUGAUUAAAAGGGAGGCAGCUGAUUCUGAAUGGCCCAAGGUUUCCCACAUCCCCUCCAUCACCAUUUGACGAUCACAAUUUACAGUGAAUCAUCAUUUGUCAUUGAGGUGAUUCUAACAAAUUAGGAGGUGAAGCAAUGGAUCAAUGAAGAAGGAUUGAGUGAGUAUCCAUUUUUGUUGAUAGGAUUAUAAUGCCGAAAGUUGAAGACGAUGCAUGUGGAUAUCAAUUUGUUGCAGACAGACAAAGCAUCUCCACUUCUACUCAUGUUUUCAUAUUUAUGUUAUAUGUGAUUUUGUGUUAUGUCUUCCUCUACCUUAUUUUGAUUGAGACUAUAAAUUGCAAACUAAUUUUUCCCAUUCUGGUUUAGCAUAAAGUGUUGAAGAUUUGAAAUAACGUUUCAUUUUGCAUGGAGUAUCAUCUUUAACAAUCA